UGGAGACGGCUAAACAGCGCUGUUGCUACAGGUCCAGAUCUCCCUGUAUGAGACCACCUUCCGGUGGAACAUAGCGGAACUGCAGUACAGUUACCGUGGAGACGGCUAAACAAAGCUCGUCUAGUUGUUUUGGUUGGAGAGCUUGGCUAGCUAGCUACAGGAUAAAUACUAGCUAGUUACCUAGCUAACUUACAAUAAGUACACAAACAUAACUAGCAUCUGCAGCACCAUGGCUCACGUUAGGACAUACAGACCAAACGUCCGUGUUGGAAACUGGAGGGAGGACGUUACAUUGGAGGAGGACACACUGAAGGACUUCUUGGAAAGGAAGGAGAGGGGAGAGCUGAUGGUGCAGAAAACUGGGUUCCUCAAACAAAACAUCCUCAAACAGGUUAGCCUGUCUGUUUCUCUGGGAGGUGCAGUGUGUUUUGGUGAUGUGGUGAUGCUGGUGAAUGAAUGCGGAGAAAACAGCUGCUCAGUCAGCAUCUAUGCUGACCUGACCAACCUGGGGGAAGGGCCUAGUCCAGCCAUUCAGGCUCCCUGUGGAGUCAGUGGGGGGAGGAGUCUGCAGCCAUGCACACGCAAUGCAUUCAUCAUCAGCAGUGUGGAUGGCAGUGCAGAGGGAGAGCCUCUGCGCUACAAUCAGAGUUUCGCCCUCAGAACAACUAGUGGCUUUGCUGGAGGGUUGUAUCUGACGAGUGACCACAAGACCUUCCAGAAGUGUGCCAAGAAGUCCCGCCUCCAGGAAGUGAUCAUGGAGCAUCAGGCUAACUUCCUGUCCUGGUGGAAGGUUCUACACCAUGACCCUCAGGAAAGACUGGAGCAUGAGGGGCUGCCUGUUCCUGCCAACAGUAAAGUGCUCAUCUCCCACUGCAAGACCAACCAGGCUCUGGCUGUUGUAGGACAGCACAUCUUGUGGACUCCGUAUGGUAAAGCAUAUGAGGUGACAGCAGUAGCAGUAGUAUAGUAGUAAUAUUGUGUCUGACAGGACUCCGCAUGGUAAAGCAUAUGAGGUGACAGCAGUAGCAGUAGUGUAGCAGUAUAGUAGUAAUAUUGUGUCUGACAGGACUCCGCAUGGUAAAGCAUAUGAGGUGACAGCAGUAGCAGUAGUGUAGCAGUAUAGUAGUAAUAUUGUGUCUGACAGGACUCCGCAUGGUAAAGCAUAUGAGGUGACAGCAGUAGCAGUAGUAUAGUAGUAAUAUUGUGUCUGACAGGACUCCGUAUGGUAAAGCAUAUGAGGUGACAGCAGUAGCAGUAGUAUAGUAGUAAUAUUGUGUCUGACAGGACUCCGUAUGGUAAAGCAUAUGAGGUGACAGCAGUAGCAGUAUUGUAGCAGUAUAGUAGUAAUAUUGUGUCUGACAGGACUCCGCAUGGUAAAGCAUAUGAGGUGACAGCAGUAGCAGUAGUGUAGCAGUAUAGUAGUAAUAUUGUGUCUGACAGGACUCCGUAUGGUAAAGCAUAUGAGGUGACAGCAGUAGCAGUAGUGUAGCAGUAUAGUAGUAAUAUUGUGUCUGACAGGACUCCGCAUGGUAAAGCAUAUGAGGUGACAGCAGUAGCAGGAUUGUAGCAGUAUAGUAGUAAUAUUGUGUCUGACAGGACUCCGUAUGGUAAAGCAUAUGAGGUGACAGCAGUAGCAGUAGUGUAGCAGUAUAGUAGUAAUAUUGUGUCUGACAGGACUCCGUAUGGUAAAGCAUAUGAGGUGACAGCAGUAGCAGUAGUAUAGUAGUAAUAUUGUGUCUGACAGGACUCCGUAUGGUAAAGCAUAUGAGGUGACAGCAGUAGCAGUAGUAUAGUAGUAAUAUUGUGUCUGACAGGACUCCGUAUGGUAAAGCAUAU